AUGUCGGUCCGAAUGCAACAAAAGACUUAUGAUGCUGUCAUUGGUGACAUCACCAUACUAGCCGACCGGUUGCAAUAUGUGGAUUUUACCCUUCCAUAUGCUGAGUCAGGUUUGGCCAUGAUUGUUCCAACAAAACCUGAAGGAUCACCAUUGAUGUUUACGAAGCCUUUCACCAGGGACAUGUGGUUGGUGACUGCUGCUAUCAUGAUAUACACAAUGCUCAUUGUUUGGUUCCUGGAGCGCCAAUCCAAUCCAGAAUUUAGUGGCCCAUGGAAGAAUCAGAUUAGCACUGCACUUUGGUUUACCUUCUCGUCCUUGUUCUUUGCACAUAGGGAAAAAAUCAAUAACAACUUCACACGUUUGGUGAUUGUAGUGUGGCUGUUUAUUGUGUUGAUCCUGACCUCAAGCUAUACUGCUAGUCUAUCUUCUAUGCUCACUAUUCAAAAAUUGCGACCAAAUGUUACAAACAUUGAGUUUUUGAAGGCAAACAACUUGAAAAUUGGUUGCGAUGGUGACUCAUUUGUUAGGAAUUAUUUGGAGAAUGUGAUUAAAUUCAAGCCAGAAAAUAUUGUGAACGUCAGCAGUGAAGACCAAUAUCCAGGGGAAUUCAGAAGCAACAAUAUAGCUGCUGCCUUUCUUGAACUACCAUAUGAGAAAGUUUUCCUUAAUAAGUAUUGUAAGGGUUACACUGCUACCAUACGCACCAACAGAUUUGGAGGAUUAGGCUUUGUGAGUAGUAACUCAAACAUUAUGCCAGAGUCCAGACCUUAUUAA